CCGAUCGCCUUGACGCCGCUGUUAGUGCUUCCGAGUCAAAUGGGACUUACGCCUUCUCUGCAAGGAAGCAGCCAUGUAAAUACAAGUAACAGCGUCAUUGAUAUCUCUGAAACCAUGCAAUAAAAGGUAACAGAAAAAGUGCAUAAGAAGCAUUUUAUACGGAGUUUAUUACCGCUGGAUGACAGGAUGUUUCCUUCAUCUUGUGACACGCUGGUGGCUCUGCCUCCAUCCACUGUCGGGCAGCGUGUUAUUUUCGGAAAGAACUCGGACAGACCCUGUGAUGAGGUGCAGGAGGUGCUGUAUUACCCUGCUAAGGACUACAGCGCAGGAGAAAAAGUCGAGUGCACGUACGUAGAGAUAGAGCAGGUCCCACAUACCUAUGCGGUAGUGCUGAGUCGCCCUGCUUGGCUGUGGGGUGCGGAGAUGGGGGCAAACGAACACCAGGUGUGCAUUGGCAAUGAGGCUGUAUGGGGCAGAGAGAGUGUUGGUGAUGAAGAGGCCCUGCUGGGUAUGGAUCUGCUCAGACUUGCUCUGGAGAGAGCAGACACAGCCCAAAAGGCUGUAGAAGUUAUUGUGGAUCUUCUGGACAAAUAUGGGCAGGGAGGAAGCUGCAUGGAGGACGAGAGCAGCUUCACUUACCACAACAGCUUCCUGAUAUCAGACAGGACGGAGGCCUGGGUGCUGGAGACCUCUGGGAAGUUCUGGGCAGCUGAGAGAGUUGAGGAGGGACAUCGCAAUAUCUCCAACCAGUACUCCAUAACCACCAAGAUUGACAAGGAGCACCCAGAAAUGAGACAGUAUGCAGAGAGCAGAGGCUGGUGGGACGGAAAGUCCGAGUUCAACUUUGCAGAAGUCUACUCUUACGUGAAUACGGCCAGAAUUGAAGCUUCUGGGGACAGAUACUGUGAUGGUCGCAAACUGCUUGCUAAAAGCAAAGGUCACAUCACAGCUGAGACCAUGAUGGGGAUCCUGAGGGACAAAGACAGUGGCAUCAAUAUGGAAGGCAUGUUCAUGACAACAGGGAGCAUGGUGUCUGUGGUGCCCAGGGACCCCUCCCUGCCAGGGGUUCACUACUUUACUGGGACCCCUGACCCAGAAAGGUCUGUUUUUAAGCCCUUUAUCUUUGUGGAGGACAUCAAACAACUGAAAGAGACCCGUUCUCCAGACUUUGGGCCUGAGGAUCCUGUAAAGAAGAAACCGCGCUUCCAGAGUAAGCCAGAUCGCAGGCACCCGCUGUUUGUCAAGCACGAGGUCGUGGCUGCCAUCAUCGAGAGCAUAAAGGACAGAGGAACGAAGAUCAUUCGGAACAUGAGGGAGCUGGAAAAGGAGAAGAUGGGUGAAAUGGAGCAGUAUCUGACUAGUGGUGUUGGGGACUCGACAUUAAUAGUGCAUCUUUUUUCUGAUACCUGUCUACAAGAGCUUGAGGUAUAUAGCAAGUGCUAAAUGAAAAAUAAUUGCAAUUGAAAUGUAGAAUUAAAUGAAAUUAUUUAAUGUUACUGUGAGACUGCUGCGUGAGCAGUAUGGAAGAUGGAUGGAUAUUAAAUUGGUUCCUUAAUGUUCAGAUAUGUACAAGUAACCAAUUCAGACAUUCUCAGGAUCAUUUUAUCAUCAUGCAAUUAAAGGAUGGAUGGAUGAUGUGCAUGAAUAAAGAUAUAUAUCUUAUAUGGGGUAUUCAUAUGGUCAUGAUAUGAACAGAGUGAAGAAAAAUUAGCAAACACGAUUGCCCAUAGAAGUAUAGAGAAUUUAUUGAAAUGCCACCAGCCAAAAGAUACUCAUCUAAAAUGCAUUGUAAACAAUGGAUUCUGAGAGGUGAAUCCCUCUUUUAUCAGAUUUAAUACAGACAGUGAAAGGUUAGUGUGUUGAUCAUGGAUGAUUUUCAUGUUACUCUGGUGUUGUAAUAAAAGCAUCGAAACAG